UGCGUUCCUUCGGGCUGUGGCGGGCCUCGGUGGGAUGCGGCCCAGCUCACGGCGCGGGGCGGGGGCUGUCACCGUGUGGGGGCUGGCAGCGAGGGGCUCGCCCCUGCAGUGUGCUUUUUUUUCGGGGAAAACUCGGUUGUGGUAGGCAGCCCGGGGGCGUGCGGCUUGCUGGGGGUGUGUGGAGUGAGCCUGGGCUGCGCUGCGCUGGUGUGUUCCGCGGGCACUGAGAGCUCCCCCGGCCCCGGGGAACGCCGUGGGGUUGAGGGCUCUGCUGGCCCCACUGGGGAUUGUGGGGUUAUGAGGGGCGGUGACUGUGAGGAGGGCGCGAGGAUGGAGGUAGCUCAGGUGUUGUCCCCUUGGAAGAAUAAAGAUUGAAAGUGUUUGUAAACACAGCGCGCUGAGCUGCCCUCCUUGUGUUGCCCACCUGUAGGGAAAAACAGCACGGAUCACCCCUACCUCUCGCUGGUGUUGGUGCCCCAGUGCAGAAGGACGAGCGCUGGUUCGGUGCUCCCGUUCAGUUUUCACACUGUGUUGCACAGAAUGCAAACUGUAUCAGCACGGAUCCAUGUGUGUCUGCUGCAGGGCUGUCAGCUGCGCACCCAUCCUUGGGCUGCACACAGUAGCGGGUCUGCCGUAGACUGGAGGCUUUUGGGUUUUAUUUCCCUUGUGAAAAUCCUGUCAUGAUCCUUGGGAAGCUGCAGGCCAUGGGCUCUCAGGUGGCUUUGUUUUUGGUGGCGUUGGUGGUUAAAGUUUGACAGCCCUAUAGGAGUGAAGCUGGAGUGAAGGAGGCAGAAGCGUGUGGAUGCGGUGGGUCCCUGGGCAGGGAAGCAGUGGUCAAAGGAAAGGGGAAAGCCCAGGUGACAGAUGAGACGUGUGACACAAAAAUGAGGUGGGGAAGCUGCGGGGGCAUCAGGUAGAGGGGGAUGGAGAUGGCAGUGUGGCUGAGCACGGCCGUGGAAGAGAGGAUGCCAAAGAUCAGGGAAGAAACAGUGGAAGAAAGUUCAGGAAAUGGGAAGAGAAGGAGGAAGCUUUGGGACCAAGCAGCUGAAAAGGACAGAGGAGGAAAACAGAGCACUGUGGAACAAAGUUACCUGAAGGAGUUCCGCACGGAGCAGUGCCCUCUCUUCGUGCAGCACAAGUGCACUCAGCACCGGCCCUACACUUGCUUCCACUGGCACUUUGUCAACCAGCGUCGUCGCAGAUCCAUCCGCCGCCGGGAUGGGACGUUUAACUACAGCCCUGACAUUUACUGUACCAAGUAUGACGAGACCACAGGAAUCUGCCCAGAAGGAGAUGAAUGUCCCUUCUUGCAUAGAACUACUGGAGACACGGAGAGGAGGUAUCACUUACGCUAUUACAAAACUGGAAUCUGCAUCCACGAGACAGACUCCAAGGGAAACUGCACAAAGAAUGGAGUCCACUGCGCUUUUGCUCACGGGCCCCAUGAUCUACGUUCUCCAGUGUAUGACAUCAGGGAGCUUCAGGCCAUGGAGGCUUUGCAGAAUGGUCAGACUACAUCAGAAGGUGGCAUAGAGGGUCAAUCUGCAGUUGCUGCUAGUCAUGCUAUGAUAGAGAAAAUACUGAGUGAGGAGCCAAGGUGGCAAGAUACAACCUAUGUACUGGGAAAUUACAAGACUGAGCAAUGUAAGAAGCCUCCUCGUCUCUGUCGCCAGGGUUAUGCCUGUCCAUACUAUCACAAUAGCAAAGAUAGAAGAAGGAGCCCAAGAAAACACAAAUACAGAUCUUCACCAUGUCCCAGUGUGAAACAUGGAGAUGAGUGGGGAGAUCCUAGUAAGUGUGAAAAUGGAGACUCGUGCCAAUACUGCCACACUCGCACAGAGCAGCAGUUCCAUCCAGAGAUCUACAAAUCCACCAAGUGCAAUGAUAUGCAGCAGUCUGGCAGCUGUCCCCGAGGACCCUUCUGUGCCUUUGCACAUGUAGAACAGCCUCCGCUCAGUGAAGAUUUGCAGCAAUCCUCGGCCGUGUCCAGCCCCACGCAGGCAGGCCCAGUGAUGUACAUGCCGUCAGCAGCUGGUGAUUCUGUUCCAGUCAGCCCUUCCAGUCCACAUGCUCCAGACCUUAGCAAUGUGUGGAAUAAAUCAGGAACUCUGCCAACUAGCCCCACCUCCACCACAAUUCUUUGUAGGAACAGCAGUCUCGGAAGCCCAUCUAAUAUAUGUGGGUCUCCUCCUGGCGCGAUUGGAAAGCCACACAGCCUGGAAAGCAUUGGUUUUCCUCCAGAUUCAGUAACGGCAGCCGGCAGCUACAAGAAAGCACCGGGGUUUGAGCGAGAAGAUCAGGUGGGGGCCGAGUAUUUGAAGAGUUUCAAAUGCCAGCAAGCAAAAAUGAAGUCCCAUUCACUGGAACACAGGAGCCAGGAGCAACCUUUGUUACAACCCAAACAGGACAUACUGGGUAUCCUCCCAGUGGGGAGCCCGCUGACAUCCAGCAUCUCCUCCAGUAUCACCUCCAGUCUGGCUGCAACACCACCAAGCCCCGCCGGCACCAGCAGUAUACCAGGCAUGAAUGCCAAUGCCCUUCCUUUCUACCCAACCAGUGACACCGUUGAGUCUGUCAUAGAGUCUGCCUUGGAUGACCUGGACCUGAAUGAAUUCGGAGUGGCUGCCCUGGAGAAGACAUUUGACAGCAGCACAGUGCCCCACACGAGUGGCAUCAUGAUAGGUGGGAGUUUGCUGCAAAGUUCUGCUCCUGUAAAUAUCCCCGGGUCCCUUGGAAGCUCUGCCUCCUUUCACUCUGCCUCUCCUUCUCCACCGGUCAGCCUCUCAUCGCAUUUCCUCCAUCAGCCCCAGGGACACUUAAGCCAAUCAGAAAACACGUUCCUGGGGACAUCAGCUUCUCAUGGAUCAUUAGGUUUAAAUGGGAUGAACAGCAGCAUAUGGGAACACUUUGCUUCGGGGAGUUUUUCGCCCAGUACCUCACCUGCAUUUCUGUCAGGUCCAGGUGCUGCGGAGCUGGCACGGCUACGGCAAGAACUGGAUGAAGCCAACGGCACAAUAAAGCAGUGGGAAGAGUCUUGGAAACAAGCCAAGCAGGCUUGUGAUGCUUGGAAAAAGGAGGCAGAGGAAGCAAAUGAUCGCGCCAACACAGCUAACAUGGAAUGUGAACUGGCUCGGGAGCAGAGGGAAGCCUUGGAGCUGCAAGUGAAGAAACUACAGGAGGAGCUGGAGAGGAUCCACACAGGCCAGGACCCUCAGUUUCUGCGCUCCUUCUCUGACCUGGAAUCCCUCUCACUCUCUUCACUUUACACCCUCCAGAAGCAGUUGCGGGCAAACCUGGAGAAAGUCGAUAAGGCAGUAUUUCAGAUGCAGUCAGUGAAAUGCCUUAAGUGUCAGGAAGAGAACCGGGUGGUGUUACCGUGCCAACACGCAGUGCUGUGCGAAACGUGCGCCGAGGAGGGCGAGUGCCCCAUCUGCCAUCCCAGCAGGCCCCAUUCUCUCCAGUCGUGACCUUCCGAGGACGCUUGUUCUAAUCAUAUCAUAUAGAACUUUUUAACUUUAUACGUACGUACAUAUAUAUGUAUGUGUACAUAUAUAUAUGUAUGUGUAGAUAUAUAUAUGUAUAUAUGUGUGUGUAUGUGCGUGUUUGUGUAUGUGUGUAUAGAUGCACACGCACGCACAUACCCACAUAAAACAAAAAUUAGUUGCAGAGCACUUUUUAAUAUUUUACAUCCCGUAUCUAAACUGCCCCUCACCCGUGCCCCACUAAUUCUAACUCUUGAGGAACUUUGAGAGCUGUUUUUAAUACAGAUCAAAGGGCCAUUUGCAAAGAGUCUGCGUUUCUCCUCUUUUCUAUUUAGGUGAUAACAAAUUUUUGACUAUUUCCAGAAGGAUUUAGAGUGGGCAAGAGGGGCUUCCACGUGCUUUCCAGAGGAAGAGUUGAGAUCAUGGGGAGGAUCGAGGUGGAUUGAAAUGACUUUCUCACGUCUUCGGUCUCCCUGCUCUUUCACUGACCCAGCUUGGUUAAAGCCGUCCUCCCCGAUGGAAGCUCCGCUGGGUCCCUGCCUGGUGGGCCUCCCGUUGCCCAUCUCUGAAUGUGCAGCAACUUUGUCUGUCGUUUCAAACAGCAAAGUUCACUUUUUAACAUUUUUUUACGCUCUUUGUAUAUUUAUAUGAAAAGAAGAAAAAGGGGGGGGAAAAAAUAUAUUGUACCUAGAGCAAGCCAGGCCCCCAGAUUCAGUGACUAAUAAUCAUUGCUGAUACAGCUAACAUUGCAGGUUUGAGCAGCCUUAGAGGCAUCGUCCUUGUGUCAGCUGAAGCCCUUUGUGAAAGGGAAAUGGAGGCAUAGGUUAGUUCUCUGCAGACACCCCUUUAGUUGGUGGCUGCCUGAAGAAUUUGUACUGUUUCAGACCAGACUGGUUUUCUUUUAGCCACAGAGACCUCUUUUGUAGUCACUGCUGGAUCACGUGAAACAAUUCCAGACACAGUCUAAGGACUCUCUUUAUUUUUGGAGCAGAGUUGGCAUUCCCUGUUUCAGCAGCUCAAGGGUGAACUGGGGGCUGCUAAGUCCAGAAGCCCUCGUGCCAGGGAUCGUGUCAGCCUGUGGUGACAGAGAAAGCCCCGCAUGGAACAAACUGCUGAUAAAUCAUUGCAGCUGGAGGCUGGAGCUGGAGGAGAGCGUACAUUCCUUGCUUUCUGCUGCUCCUAGGUGGGGAUGCUUCUUCCUGCUCGUCGCUGUGGCACAAAACACAGUGCACGUUACCACUGAAGCUUAUAAACACAGCCACCGUUUGCAUGUGUAUACAAAAGCAUUGCUGAUGGGGAAGCUCUAAAGCUGGUUAGAGCAUCUUGUGAUGCCCUGUGGCAGUGUUUCCCGUGUCAGUUAUGUUACAGAGAGGAGGGAGCUAGCAGGGAAGAGGACUUUUCAAAUUCUCGUUUCAAGGUUCAUAGCUCAUCAGCCCCUCUGUCUGAUGCCGUGACUCGGUAGCAGUGUGGAGGUUGCUGCAGGUGGCUGGGUGCUGCGUGCAGGCUGGGGAGCUGAGCCAGGCAGGUCAGAGCAGAAAGCAGCAUCUCCAUCUGAGGAGCUUGGUCACGGGGCUCCCCAGUCCUCUUGCUCUCCUUCCUCCCGUCUCAGCCUCCUUUCCUGAGCCCAGGGCUUCCCACCGCCCUCCUGUAGCUCUCACUCACGUCUCUGACCUGCUGAGUUUGUUUCGGGCUCUUGUCCCCAAACACCACCUGCAAAAGAGCUCAGGGACUUUCUCCUGGUUAGGAUCCUCUUUGUAUUUGAAUUUAUUCUCUCAGAUCACUUUAGAAAGGCAAAGGAGGAAAUCCCACAGGCUAGUCCAACGCAAGCCACGCUGUCCGGCGCGCUUCUUUCUAUGGAAAAGAAAUGCCUCCAGCUUAGCCCUGCCAGCAGCUGAGCUUUCCCAUGACUUCCUUGACCAGCACACGCAUUGGAUUUUCCCAUCGGGUGGAUUGCAGUAACCUCCUGGGCUCUCAACCAGCAGGCCGCUCCGUUCUCUCCGUGUUUUUGCUUCACGCAGGUUUGCUGCCCGCGCUGCCCCCCCAGCCCUGGGAAAGCACUGGAAGCUCCAGCUGCCCACUGUUGUUGUAGGAGCACCCGAGUCGUUCCCGGAGCCUCUCAGAAAGCUUCACCUUUUAACGCAAAGACGUAAUCAGCUUUGCUUCCGUAAUUCCACCUUUCCUCCGUAUGGGAAGGGUUAAUAUGCAUUCCCAGAUGAUCUCUUAAGUACAGCUCUGUGUAGUUCUUUUUAAUUUUUUUUUUCCCAUUAACGUCUUUUUUUUUUUUUGUAAAAAUGCCGUUUUUUUUUUCCCCUCCCAUGUGUAUUUUAUUGUAACUAGCAUCAGUUUUUUAAUUUUUUUUUUAAUGGAGAGACACUGUUGGGUGAAUAUCGUGGCUAUGUUGUUUGGUUAUAUAGCCUUUGAAUGUCUGUGCCAUGGGGCAGCACAUCUGCCUUGGUCUGAUCUUAAGGAAAGACCUCUCAUUAAAAUAUGUGAACAUUUCUCUUUUUUUUUUUUUUUUUUUAGAGAAAAAGGAUGGGGAGCACAGGAGUGGGGGGAGAAGGAAAAAACCCAAUGAAGAUUAAAAAAAAAAAAAAAAGUAUUAUUUUUUUAAACUAAAUUAAAUAAUAGGAAAUCACCUCUCGAUUCAGGUCUUUAGCAUUGGGAAGAGGCAGAGCCCAGCAGCCCGCUUUGCUCUUCACGCUGUCCCCCUCAGCUGCCCCCUGUGUGCCCAUGGGGUGUGUGGGGAGGAGAUGCUUGCCCCUGGUUCCCAUGGGGCUUCCCCAGAGGGGCACAAGGAACAUUCCAGACCCGAGGAAGCGUGUUUUUGGUUGUUCUGUUUUUUUUGUUGUUUUUUUUCCCUUUCCAAAAGGUAAAACAAUUCCUCUCUUUUAAAACUGAGACCGAAGGACCAAAGAUAUCAAAGCCUGUGGGUGGCCCUUGCGUUUUACCUUCCCUGGGCUGUCCCCGUGCCCUGCCACCCCCCAUCUCCGCGCUCUCUUUGCACAAGCACGUUGGCUGUUCUCUCUUCCCUCUGGUGCUUUAAGAAACACUUCUUUAAAUUUAGGUUUUAAAUUUGUUUGCUGCUUUAAAAAGGAAGAAGUCUCCGAAAUGUGAAUGAUUUUUUUCUUAGGCAGCAGGUGGGAAAGAGAAGGUCACCUUGGUGUCAUUGGUGAGUAGGGCAGGAUUUGCUGCCUGAGGGGGGGGGUGGGGGGGGACAGGGCAGGGGAAGGCAGCGUCCUGCCCUAUGCCAGCAGUGUGCCCCGGGCCGUUCCCCAUCCUCACAGCGCUGCGUUCAGGCGUCAGAGCCUGCGCUCCGCAUCCGCGCGGUGUAAAAAGACUUGUACAAAUCAACCUGGUGCUACGUGUACAGCCCCUCUCGUGUACUGUCGAGCUUCUGGCCUGUAGAGGCGGGAGCUCCCUGUGCCCAGCCGUGCAGCAAUGCAGCAGGAGCGAGGGCCGCAGGGCUGGCUCAGUGCAAGCUGUCGGUCCCCGGGACCGCUCCGAGCGCGGCUGGUGCUGCCCAUGCACGCAGGCUCCCUCUUGGAGAUUGACUUUUUCCUCCUCUUGGGGAAGCGUUGACCCCCGUGCCUGGCUGUGCGGGUCGGACGCUUCUGAGCUGAGAGCCGGGGGGGGGAAGGGAGUCUGCCUUGUGUCGUGAAAGCACAGUAUUUUAAAGGUCAAUAAGCUUUUACUUUAUUAUAGCAAAACAAUAUAGAAGCAGAUGGCUUGAGACAACGAUAUCCUGGGUAGAGAGAUCCCAAGAGGAGCUGCAGCUGAGAGGUGCGGGGAGCAGCAGUGUGGGCUGGCAGGGCCCCUCAGCUCAGCCCCAGCACGGGGAGCUCCCAGAGCAGCCCCCGAAGCAGCCCAAGGCUUUGUGCUCCGUGCUCUGAACCUCAGCCCCGUGCCAGGCUUGUGCCCUGACCACGAGAACUCCUGCCCGUGGGAGGCAGCCUUUACUGCCCAGGGCGCUCAGUGAUCCAUUGCUGGUCCACAGCCUCCGAAUCUCCUCUCUCUUUCUCCUUUCUCCCCAUCUGAGAAGGAGAAAUAUGAGCAGUGUUCUCCGGAGUCACAGCACUCCUUGGAGCGAUGCGUAACCCACGUCUCCCGUCGUGUCUCUUACAAAAGUGAAGUAUUCCUGCACCUAGCGACCGCGGUGGAGAGAUUUCUGGGGCUUCCCCACUCCGUAGCUUCCAACGUUAAAAAACAAAAUAAAGUACAGUAUACGUUUUUAAAAUAAUAAUGAUGAUAAUAAUAAUACACACUGCAGUAUUUCUGGUGGCGAUUCGUGGCCCGGCUCCUCCUCACCGUGCCCAGGAGGAAGGAGCCGGGCAGGAGCGCCCCGAGUCCGUGUAGAAGUUGGCAGAAUGGUGAUCGGUGGUGGUGUGUAACCGUGUUGUUGAUUCCAUGUAUAGAACUGUGAUUUCAACUGUCGUUCUCUCGUACUCUGUAAAUAUGUGUUUUGGCUGUCGGAAA